AUGAACAAAUAUCUUUUUCUGCAUAUAUUUCUAAUCUCAAUCAAUUCUCAAGUGAUUCGGAGUGAUUUAUGUACAAAUCAGAUAGCAAUGAGUCAACCGGUGAUGGAUUUUUGUUUAUCUCAUCACGGUUUCUUUCACUUUCGAUGUUGUUAUUCGUCGAAUUCAACUGAUCUUAUCGCAAUCGAUUUAACACAUUUAGAUUUAACUCAAAUUCCAAAUGUAAAUCAAUAUUCUAAUCUAACAAAUGUGACUGUCAUCGAUCUUCGAGACAAUUUUCGUUUAAAACCAUCAAACAAUGAAGAUUUUCUCAGUAUGAAAUCUCUCAAUACACUUUAUUUACCUGAAUCAUAUCCAUGUCCUGGCGACAAAUAUAUUUGGCAGAUUAUUAAUCAUACAAGUGAUCCUGCGGGAUUUCUUUGUGAGAAUCCCAAAGAUAUUUGCAAUAUUUCAACAGAUCUGUGUUCGGAAUUGAAUUCUAUGUGUAAUUCCAAUGGUCCUAAUCAUUUUUUAUGUUUAUGUAAACCAAAUUAUUAUGGUUAUAAGUGUUUGAGACAUGGACAGUUUCCUUUUGGAACAUUUUUCGGUACUGCGAUCUCAAUCACUGUUAUUGUCAGUGGUAUUUUCUAUUUAGUACAACGACGCGAUGUCAAAAAUGAUUAA